AUGGGCGAUGCUACUGUGGAUAUUGCAAAUCAGGUGACUGUUAUCGGAGCAGGCCCAGCAGGUCUCAUGCUAGCUUGCACUCUUGCACGCUACGGAAUCCAGGUCGCUAUUCUCGAUGACAGACCUUCUUCAACUGCAACCGGUCGAGCCGAUGGCCUGCAACCUAAAACCAUUGAGACACUCAAACAACUCGGUCUUGCGGAUUCUUUACUUGAUAGAGGUGUCAAGGUGUACGAUAUCUGUUACUGGGCAAGUACUUCACAGUUAACGGAUGAAAAGCUUCAUCGUACGGCCAGAGAAAUUCAUUACCCAAAAGAUAUAGUCGAUUUGUUGGAUCCGAAUCUUUUACUCAUUCACCAAGGAAUGAUUGAAGAUAUAUUUAUCCAGGAUCUGAGAGCCCGGGGAGUCGAGGUACAAAGAAAUUCUUCUUUCGUUGAACUCGUACAGCCGACCUCUGAAAGUGAGGAUAUAGUCGUAAAGUACAAAGAUGUCCAGACAGGUGAAGAUAAGCUUUUGAAAACAAAAUAUCUUGUAGGAUGCGAUGGAGCGCAUUCGAAUGUAAGAAAAUGCAUUGAUGGUGCAGAUAUGGAAGGAGAUCAGAGUGGGAGUGUGUGGGGCAUCUUGGAUGCAGUAAUCGAAACGAAAUUUCCGGACUUAUGGAGUAAGACUAUAGUUCAAUCGGAGAAAGGAGCAAUUCUUUCCAUUCCAAGAGAGCGAAAUAUGACGAGACUCUAUAUUGAGUUGCAGGACACAGCAGAGGAGGACUCCAAAGAAGUUAUUCAAGAUUUUGUGAUGAAGAGAGCCGAGGAGAUUUUCAGUCCAUAUAAACUGACGUGGAAGCGCAUCGAAUGGUUUGCUGUAUAUAAGUUUGGACAGCGAGCAGCCAAACGCUUCUCAGAUAAUACACAGCGCGUUUUCAUUGUUGGAGAUGCUGCACACAACCACUCCCCAAAAGCCGCGCAGGGUAUGAAUGUAUCGAUGCACGACUCAUUCAAUCUUUCAUGGAAAUUGGCCCUUACCAUCAAAUCUGUUGCACUCCCCUGUCUUUUGGAAACAUAUACACAAGAACGACAGGCUGUUGCUCGAGAUCUCCUCGCGUUCGAUUUCGAACAUGCCAAUGCUUACUCUGCUGGAGACCCAGUAGCGCUUGCCGAGAACUUUGCCCAAAACAUUAGAUUUAUUUCUGGACUUGCAGAAUAUGGCAGGAAUAUUUUGAACGCAGAAGCUGAUGAAAUACAACCCAAAGGAUCUAAAAUAAGAUUGAGCGGCGAAAGAAGUGGUGGUGUAUUGCGACCUGGUGCGCUGCUCCCACCCGCUAGGGUGACCAGAUAUGUUGAUGCAAACCCUGUCGAUUUACAGCUUGAUAUUCCUCUGCUUGGGCAAUUCCGCAUCUUUUUCUUCGUAUCAGACGUUCAUCGAUGGUCUGAUUGUCUGGGUUAUAUUCUCCAAAGAUUUUCUAAUCUUACACAAGCCCUCGACCGCACUUCUGUUGCCGCAAAUUCUUUUAUACAAAGAGAGACUGAAGUGGAUGAAUAUGUUCAACCAAUCAGGUAUAUAGGUGUAAGUAGGCUGUUCACGUACGCAUUGGUGACGGAGAUGGAUAGAGAAAAGUUCGAGAUCGCAGAUUUACCAAUAAGCUUGCAAGAAAGCAGCUGGACAAUCUAUUUGGACGAUAUUCCUCAAGACGCUGGAGAUUCUUACUUAUACAAAGACAGCUAUACGAAAAAAUGGGUCGGCGACGUCAAAGAUGAUGAGAUCGUUGUGUUAAAUGUCAGACCCGAUGGAUACGUUGGUUCUCUUAAAAUGUUUUGUAUGUCUAGUAACGGAAGUGAAGAUGUUGGUGUCGAGGUCGCAAAGUGGUUGGAGGACUACUAUAGUGAAUUCCUGAAAACCCAAUUGUGA